CUCGCAGUUCGGUCAGUCAGUUUCGUGCGUUCACUUGAGCGGACCUGUGUGGUUAACGGUCACAGAAAUUAAAAAAAAAUGCUGUGCCCCACGCUGUUCCUGGCUACCCUGGCGCUGGCCAGCUGCGACGUGUCCCACCUGAGCAGCGGCAGCAGCACUCCGGAGCCGCCGCCGCACCCCUACGUGUUCUCGUAUACCGCCGGCCGGUACCCCGGACACGCCGACAGGCAGCACACCGAGGUCAGCGAUGGAAGUGGAGUCGUUAAAGGGUCGUACUCCUACGUAGACCCGUCGCACAAAGUCCGCACGGUGGACUACGUGGCGGACCAGCAGGGCUUCCACCCGGUGCUGAGCGACGCGCCCCCGGACCACCCGAGCGACUCCGAGUCCGUGGCGCGCGCCAAGGACCGCCACUUCCAGCUCUACGCCAAGAUCGCUGAAGAACACGCCAACCCACACCCUGAACUGAUCUCGUCUCCCCGCGAGACGCAAGCAGUGGCCGCGGCUCGCGUGAAGCACGCCGAGCUGUUCCGAGUGAUCGCGGAGCAGCACGCGCGCAUCGCCGCCGAGAGAGAGGCUCUGCUCAGGGAGGAGGAGGAAAAACAACACCUGCAGGAACUCGGACAGUAGGACUUCAGCCGGUACAUCCACAGACUUUCCCAGCCUUUGUUCUGACACCAGAUGCAUAGAAAGCUAGAAAUUAUCACAUUUGCAUCAUUUGUUGUUGUAUCAAGUUCAGCUCAGCUCUUAAGACUCAAUAAUAUCACUAACUUCUCGAACUAUAAACUAAUCUAAGCGCUUGUGAAAAUGGCCAUAUUUUGAAGAGUUGCGUGAUUUUGACUUGUUAUUUUAAAGUACACGAGUAAUACACUUGUCUAGACGACUUUAUUGCAACCGUUUCUAGCAAGCCAUUUCAAGCUACAAAGCAGAAUCUAGAUUAACUUAUUUAUUUAAAAAAGUUGUUAAUGCCGUGCUUAACAUGGACACAGAGCCACUAUACAAUCUGAGCACUUUUUCUAGCUUUCUAUAGUGUUUGAACAGGCAGAAAAAUGACUUCAUGAUCAUCAAAUAUGGAAUAGCUUUAAACUUAGGACAAUUCUCAAUGUCUUGAAUGUGAUUGGUUGUAAUUACCGCAACUUGGAAUUGCAUUUAUUGGUAUUUGAAAACGAUGAAAGAUGAUGAUAUUUAUAAGUGUUUUGCUUCUGUGAUAAGUAUCUUCAAAUUUGCUCAAUUUUACCACAUACCUAUACUUGAAAUUUUAUCUAAAGCAUAUCUUCUUCAAUCUCUGUGACAAUUAAAACUAAAAUAUACAUUCAGGCUUUGCUUCGGCAAUUAGUACUUAAUUAUAAUAAUUCUUGAACGCUUUCCAUAUUUGAUAAAACGACUGCAGUGAUACUCUAAUACAAAAUUGUUACAUAUUUUUAAUUAUUUAUAUAAGUACCUACACUUUUCGAUAUUUUUUUAGUUACUAAAUACUCUUUUUACACAUCAUUUUAAAUCUUUAUGUUUGGAGUGGGUCCUAAAUCGAUGUUAACGCCAUCUGUUGUUAAAACGAGAAAAGAUAUACUGUAUAGUUACCCGUCAUUGUGAAUAAUACCAACUAUAUGUAAGAUUGUAUAUAAAAUAUUAAAUAUAAGUAUUUUAAUAAUACUCUCGCUCGAAUUGCCAUAUUAAAAAACCAAUUUGAUAUUAUUUCUAGUACUCGUAUGUAUUAAGAAUAAAUUUUGUAUUUUUGUAAUGUUUUUUUGUACGAAAACAUCUCAAUAUAAAAAAGGAAUAGUUUUAAUUUUU